AUGACUCUCACACGCAAUGACUACACAAUCGGCUGGAUUAAUGCCCUCCCCCUCGAAAUGGCAUGCGCAAAAGCCAUGCUCGACAAAACCCACCCUAAACUACCGCAACUCCCGCAAGACCACAACACCUACGUCCUAGGCGAGAUCUUUCACCACAACGUCGUCAUCGCCUGUCUCCCCUCCGGCAUAUCUGGCACAACCUCUGCAGCAACAGUCGCAACUCAGAUGCUCUCGACUUUCUCGCGCAUCCGCUUCGGAUUAAUGGUGGGCAUUGGCGGCGGCGUCCCCUCCCCAGAAAACGACGUCAGACUGGGCGAUGUCGUCGUGAGUAACCCGCAGGGCAAAUUCGGGGGCGUCGUGCAGUAUGACUACGGCAAGGCUGUGAGGGAUGGGAUGUUUCUGCGCAUGGGUGUGCUCAAUAAGCCGCCUAAUGUGGUGCUCACGGCUGUCUCGGAGCUCCAGUCGAAUCACCUUAUGGGAAUUAGUCGUAUUCCGGAGUUUUUGGGGGGCAUGCUGCAGAGGUAUCCCGGCAUGACGCAAUUCGCGUACCCAGCCAGCAAGGAGGACUUGUUGUUCGAGUCUCUGUACGACCAUCAUGUCGACGCUGGGGCCGGCGCACGGUCAUGUCGAGGCUGUGAUCGAAGUAGGGUGGUUGCCAGACCACAACGGGACAGCACAGACCCAGUCGUCCACUACGGACUGAUUGCAUCUGGGAAUCAGGUGGUUAAGUCGGCUGCUGUGCGCGACCGGCUUUCAGGGCAGCUUGGGCAAGAUGUGCUGAGUUUUGAAAUGGAGGCGGCCGGAUUGAUGGAUGGGUUUCCAUGUUUGGUAGUUCGGGGGAUUAGCGAUUAUGCGGAUUCGCAUAAAAACAAUGACUGGCAGGCUUAUGCAGCUGCCGUUGCCACGGCGUAUGCGAAGGAGUUUCUGUCGUGCGUGUCCGUUGCGCAGACGGAGAAUAUUCCGGAUGUGUUGGACAUCAACUCGCUCGAUCCUAGCAUUGACUCGGAACGCGACAAGAUAUACCAUUUCUUCCGCAAGUCACUGCCCCAGGGGAUACCAGAGCGAGACGAGUCACUGGAAGAGCCAUUAAAAGUGACGAUGCUCAAGGAACUUAUGACAUGGAAAUACCACGCACAAGGCCCAUGGCAUCUCUGGUUGGAGCGUUUCGUAGUGGAUGGUUACAAUCUGAAUGUGCGGGACGGCUGGGGACGCACACCAUUGCAUUAUGUUGUGGAAGCAAAAGACAAUCGACUUGUCAAAGUGAGGAAGCUACUUGAGAAGGGCGCCGAUAUGACGAUGAUGGACUAUGAAGGGAACACGCCGGUUGAUCUUGCACAACAUUUGGGGGAUAUUGCUGUGCAGUCAUUUUUGCUGAGGGCUUGGUUGGCUGGCCGAGGCCAUCCUGCGGGACCCGUGAGUGCUGAUGGUGUCUGA